ACUGGUGGAGCAUCAAAAUCGUCCACAGAGCGCAGCUCUAGAGCGCGCGGCGCACCAUGACAGAGACUCAUUGAGCAAAUCUAACAAGUCCAGCCAUGGUGUUCCCGAAUCAUUAAGAUAAAACCCGAUACGGCUUUGAUUAUUCCUGUCAAUGCAUAAAGCUGUGACUUUUCCUGCGAGGACAGCAUGUGGAAACCCACGGGGGGGCUCGCCUUCAGCUCAGCGGGACUUCGCGGGGCUGCCGCUGGGGUCACCUGCAUGCUGACCGGGAUCCUGCUGCUACUGAGCGGCACCGGACACCCGGAGGAGCCACCGGCUGCGGGGACGGGUUUCUCCGCUUAUAUCAGGACUCUGACCCGAGAGAGGAGAGCGGUAAGAAGCCCGCGGAGCAGCGCGCUCCACGGAGCUGUGGAGCAUCUGUCCCAGGAUGACCUGUUCAUAGCGGUGAAAAGCACCAGAAGGUACCACCGAGACCGGCUGGAGCUGCUGCUGGACACCUGGAUCUCCAGAAACCUCCCACAGACGUAUGUCUUUACUGAUGGAGAGGAUGAAAGGCUGGAGAAAAAGAUGGGAGCUCAUCUGAUCAACAGCAACUGCUCAGCUGCCCAUACUCGUCAGGCCCUCUCCUGUAAAAUGGCUCUGGAGUACGACAUGUUUCUAAACUCUGGGAAAAAGUGGUUCUGUCAUGUUGAUGAUGAUAACUACCUGAACGUUGGCUCCCUCCUAAAGCUGCUGUCGCAGUACAGCCACACACAGGACGUUUACAUCGGUAGGCCCAGCCUGGAAAGGCCAAUUGAGGCAACAGAGACUUUAAGCAUGACUGAGAUGAAACAAGUCCGUUUCUGGUUCGCCACAGGAGGAGCGGGCUUCUGUCUGAGCCAUGGGCUUGCUCUAAAGAUGAAACCCUGGGCCAGUGGAGGAACGUUCAUGGCCACAGCUGACCACAUUCGCCUGCCUGAUGACUGCACUGUUGGCUACAUAGUGGAAGCGUUGUUGGGGGGCUGCCUAACCCGCUCAGCAUUGUUUCACUCCCACCUUGAGAACCUGGGAGUGGUUACAGACAUACACAACCAGGUUACUCUGAGCUACGGCACUGUGGAAAACCGCAGGAACACUGUUAAUGUGAAAGGACCAUUUUCCACUAAGGAGGAUCCCACCAGAUUCAGAUCUGUCCAUUGUCUGUUGUACCCAGACACUUCUUGGUGCCCCAGCCUCUUGUGACUAUAACCUCCAUCUAAAGACAAAGGAGAAAGCGACGAACCAAUGGAACUGGAGCAGAUUGGUGCUAACCUGCACUGACAGGCAGAAACAGGAAAUGUUUUCCUUACAUUUUGCAACGACCCUUUUUAUCAAGAGCCUGCAUUCGUUCUAACCCUGCAUGCAUAUCACUCUUUGGGUCAAAGGGCCAGAAAUCAAGCCAAUAAUCACAAAUCCCUUGUUCCUGAGUGAAGUAACAGAGAAAAGUCCUUUACUCUUAUGCUAGAACAGAAAUGAGGUUGUUUGGCCACAGGGUUUCAGUGCUGUUAAGCUGGGAAUAAACAGCCAGAAAUAGUAUCUAUUUAGUUUUUAUUAGCCAAACCAGUAUGUGACUUUAUAAAUGGAUUUCAUAACUUUAAAUUUGAAUGAACCCAAAUUGAAAUGCAUUUUAUGCUGAGGAUCCAUGCCUUCAUCUGUUUUUGAUGUACAGCUAAGGCCAAAAUGUAUUUAUAUGUUCAGCAGAUUAAGGUUGAAUGACUGAUUUUUUUUUUUUUAACAAACAUGUUUUUUUGGAGUAUGGAAUAUGUUUUAGAGUGACCUGGAACCUAUGAAGGAAGCCAUAGAUUAGGGUGAUGGCAAUGAUGCCUUCCAACCUCAGA